AUGUUUAAAGUCUUUCGCCGUGACAAGGCUGUUUCUAUUAGUACAGUUCCAACACGACCAUCGUCGGAGGCUGUUUCGACACCUACACCUGGUGCAGUUCAACGACUCGUGUCCCAAUGGCUCUACAUUUUCGCAUUCGUUUUCUUCUUUGGAAUUGCCUUCCCAUUCGUUGAAUCUCCUGCAGCCGCACUUUAUUCAGAAGUCUUGGGCCCACGGAAGCAAGGAAUGAUGCAAGGACUAUUCAGUUUCGGUGGAAGUGUCACACCGUUUGUGGCGUCCAUUAUUAUUACAUUCCUAUUCCAACACACCGGCUACAAGUACGUCAUCAUCCUCCAAUCAUCCACAAUCUUCAUCGCAUUCGUCCUGAUGCUUGUAUUCUACAAACGAAUGGUUCCAUUGAAGUUGAAACCGAAGAAUGGAGAAUCCGCCGCUUACAAGAAUGGAGUAUUCUAUUCCAUGUAA